UUGUUUCUCCAUUCAAUUUACUUUACCAAACUGUGUUUCCAAACUUCUCUUGUAGUUUGAGAAUUGUGAGCAAAAAUCAUGGCAAGUCAAGAAUCACUGUUGCCCUCUUCUUCCUUUAGCUAUCGAUUCAAAUACGAUGUGUUUCUCAGCUUCAGAGGCGAAGAUACUCGUCACGGUUUCACUGGCUAUCUCUACAAAGCUCUUCAUGACAGAGGAAUCCACGCAUUCAUUGAUGAUAAAGAGCUUCAAAGAGGAGACGAAAUCACACCAUCACUUGUCAAGGCAAUCGAAGAUUCCAGGAUUGCCAUCGCUGUGUUCUCUGAGAACUAUGCUUCUUCUUCAUUUUGCUUGAACGAACUUGUCCAUAUCCUUCACUGCAUCAAGGAAAAGGGUCGGUUGGUUUUGCCUGUUUUUUAUGACGUUGACCCUUCUCACGUGCGACAUCAGAGAGGUAGCUAUGAAGAAGCACUCGCUACUCUUGAGAAGAGGUUUAAGGAUGACAAGGAGAAGGUGCGGAAAUGGAGGAUGGCUCUGCGUCAAGCUGCUGACUUGUCUGGUUUUCAUUUCAAACAACAAUGGAAUGAGAAUGAAUAUGAGUUUAUUGAGAAGAUUGUUAAAAUGGUUUCCAACAAGAUUAAUCGCGCUCCUUUACAUGUUGCCGAUUAUCCGGUUGGAUUGGAGUCUAAAGUGCGAGAAGUAAUCUCACUUCUCAAUGUCGGAUCUGAUGGAAUCCACAUGAUAGGGAUCCAUGGAAUUGGGGGAAUAGGGAAGACAACAGUUGCUCGAGCAAUUUAUAAUGCUAUUGCGGAAUCAUUUGAAGCUUUGUGUUUUCUUGAUAAUGUAAGAGAAAAUUCAAUUAAACAUGGAUUAGAACAUAUCCAAGAGACACUUAUUUCUAAAGUAUUCGGAGAGAAGGAUAUUAAGUUAGCAAGUGUCAAAGAAGGAAUUACAAUAAUAAAGCAUAGGCUCCACAGAAAGAAAGUUCUUUUGGUUCUUGAUGAUGUUGACAAACUGGAGCAGUUGCGGGCAACUUUUGGAGGGCUUGAUUGGUUUGGUUGUGGCAGCAAAAUCAUCAUUACAACAAGGGACAGACAUCUGCUAACAAGUCAUGGGGUUGAGAAAACUUAUGAGGUAGAUGGGUUGAAUAAUAUAGAAGCUCUUGAAUUACUUAGUUGGAAUGCUUUCAAAACUGACAGAGUUGAUUCGAGUUAUGUGGGCAUUUUAAACCGUGCAAUAAAUUUUGCUUCUGGCCUUCCACUGGCAUUGGAGGUAAUAGGUUCCUACUUGUUUGGGAAAGGGAUAGAAGAAUGGGAAUCUGCAUUAGAUCAGUAUGAGAGAAUUCCUAAUAAAGAGAUCCAAAAGAUACUUGAAAUAAGUUUUCAUUCUUUGGGGGAAAAUGAGCAGAAAUUUUUUCUUGAUAUUGCUUGUUUCUUCAAAGGAAAUAAUUUAGCAUAUGUCAAAAAAUUACUUUAUGCUCAUCAUGGUUUCUGCCCUGAAUAUGGUAUUGGAGUGUUGAUUGAAAAAUCUCUCAUAAAGAUUAAUGUGGAUGGUCAUGUAACAUUGCAUGACCUGAUAGAGAAUAUGGGUAAAGAAAUUGUCCGACAGGAAGCACCAGAAGAGCCAGGCAAACGUAGCAGAUUAUGGUUUCCCGAAGAUAUAGUUCAAGUUUUAGAGGAUAAUACGGGAACUAGUAGUAUUCAAACAAUAAUGCUGGAUUUCCCCAAAUCUGAAGAAGUAGUUGAAUGGGAUGGAAACGCCUUCAAGGAGAUGAAAAACCUCAAAACACUAAUUAUUAGAAAAGCUUGUUUUUCGGAAGGUCCCAAACAUCUUCCAAAUAGUUUGAGAGUACUGGAAUGGUGGAGAUAUCCUUCACCAUCUUUACCGUCUAAUUUUCAUCAAAAGAAAAUUGUGAUACUAAAGUUACCCGAUAGUCGCUCUACUUCAAUUGAUUUGCUCAUGUCAAAUAAGGAGUUUGUGAAUACGAGAGUUUUGAAUUUCAAUGGAUGUCAAUGUAUUACUGAGAUACCUGAUGUGUCUGGUGUCCCAAAUUUAGAAGAAUUAUCAUUUGGAUAUUGUGAGAAUUUAAUUAAAAUUCAUGAAUCGGUUGGAUUCCUAAAUAAACUUAAAAUCUUGAACGCUAUUGGUUGCAAGAAGUUUAGGAAUUUUCCACCCAUCAAGUUGACCUCACUUGAAGGACUCAAUCUUUCACAUUGUCCUAGUCUUGAGAAUUUUCCAGAAAUAUUGGGAAAGAUGGAAAAAAUAAAAUAUCUUAAUUUCCGUGACACUCCCAUAAAAGAACUGCCAUUUUCAAUUCAAAACCUCUCUCUGCUUAAAAGUCUAGGGCUGGGGAAUUAUGAAGGAGUUGUUCAGUUACCAAGGAGCAUUUCGAUGAUGCGAGAACUUAAGGAGUUGAGUGUUGAGAACUGUGAGGUAUUGCUUAUAUCUGAACAGGACGAAGGUGAUGCACAAGUGAGCUCAUUGGUGUUUGAGCUCAUUCACCUUUUGCAUUGCAAUAUAUCAGAUGAAUUCAUCCGAAAAGGUUUCCCUUUGUUUGUCAGUGUGCAACAGUUAAAGCUAGAGGAGUGUAAUCUCACAAUUCUUCCUGCAUGCAUCAAGGAAUGUCUCUAUUUGAAGGAAAUUAUUUUAUAUUGUUGCGAGAAUUUUCGAGAAAUUGGAGGGGUUCCACCCAACUUAGAAACAUUCUAUGCAGAGGAGUGCACAUCCUUGAAAGAUUUAGACCUCACACUAUUUCCUGAAUGUCUGACGACACUUAUUUUGCAUAAAUGCAAGAAUCUUCAAGAAAUUAGAUGGAUUUCACCCAACAUUAGAACUUUGCUUGCAACAGACUGCCCAUCCUUGACAUCCGAGUGUAGAAGCAUGUUACUUAAUGAGGGAUUGCACGAGGAGGGAGGAGACAAAGUGUUUAUCUUGCAAGAAACAAAAAUUCCAGAGUGGUUUGAGUAUCGUAUCAAUGGACCGUCAAUUUCUUUCUGGUUUCGUAACAAGUUUCCUGCAAUAUCUCUAUGCUUUGUUAUUCGACCUGAUGGAGAUUUUGACACUUUUGAGGUCAAUAUUGAAGUCAACGGCAUUUCAAAAGUUAUAGUAGAUGAUUUCUGUUUGGAUUGCAUAGCAGAAGAUUAUACAGUUCUUUAUGAUAUAAAACAGGAAAAAUUCUUACCUAGCGAAAUUUUUUCUGAUAUAGAAGAAAAUAAAUGGAAUUAUGUGGUGUGUACUUUAUUGAUAUCACAGAGCCUAGAAACAGUGUUUAUCAAAGAAAGUGGAAUCCAUGUAUUCAAACAAGGAAGCAGCAUGGAGGACAUUCAAUUUACUGAUCCACUCUUGUUGAAAGAAGAGCAUAGAUAGGUGGACAUGGCAGAUUCUCAGACAAUUUAUGCAGCACCAAAAUAAUUUGGCUUCAUUGCCUUUUUUGGAAACAAAAAAAUUGGGAAAGGGCAUAGAGUUGGUUUCAUUGCUUCCACCUCCAGCAUCGAAGAAUAAUGUGAAUUGGCAUUCAAAUUCAAUGGUAUCAAAGCUGAGAAGUAGCACUCUCAAUUUCCAAGGCUGUGAAAUUGUAUCCAGAAAGAGGAAAAUGGGUAUGUUUUGGACUAUGAAGCCUGUGAACCUUGUUGUCCUGCACCUUCAAAAGUGACUUUGAAUUCAGCAGUGUCAAACUUUGCUAGUGGUGCUGCCAGUGAAGAAGGAGAAUCUUCUCAAAACCCAGGUUUUGCAUAGACACAAUAUUCAGGACCCUAGCAGACAAGAAACACACCUAAAAACGUUUUGCAGUGUUGUCAACCACAAUUGAUGUGUCUUUCAAAAAUUGAGUUAAGUCAAGAUGAUGUAGAAAAAGAAGCAUUUUAUGCUUCUCUUGAAGAUGAGACCCAUGUUCUUUCAGGUUUGCAUGAUAAAUCGGCCACCACUGCUCCAAAUGAAGAGACCUGGGAAGCAUUGAAAUUAGUACAAGACUUCAUCUCCAAUGAUGCCUCAGUUUUUCUGCAUACUAAGCAAAUGUAGUAUCAUGAAAACUAGGAAUAUGAGGAGAAAUGAGAGCAUUGAUAUCAGAAGCUUCAAGGUGCUUGCACAUUGGAGAUUGAAGUAGUAGGAAAAUUUAGUCCACUGCAUCUGAGUUUGCUGAGAGCUGAUCUGGAAAUAACAUGAACCACUUCAGGGAAGUUGUGGCAUUAGACAAAGAGCUUCUUCAAAAGUUAGCCUAUAUGGAGGAAAACAAAAAAGGAGCUAGAAGAGCAAAUCAAUGCUAUAAAAGCUAACAUCUCAUAAGAGAAGGAAAGACAAUAACACAAACUAUUACUGCCCUGUGCAUAAAUAAUAUGGUUAUAGGUUUUUGAAGUCUUUUUGUUGUUGAUUGACUAGUUGUGUCACAAUU